AUGGCAUGCGAAGGUAUUUCAUUCUUACUGACGUGGACCACCUUGGUGUCGUACCUGGGGACGGCCGUCCCUGCAGAGUGCAUGACCACGGUACAGGGGAUCCUCGGCGUGCUCUAUUUCGGCAUUGGCGUCGAAGCAGGCUCCCUGGUCAGUGGCAUCAUCAUCGACUACUUCAAUGCCGUCAAAGCAUUCUAUGGAUUCGCCGUGGCUAGUCUGGCGGUGAUGUUUCUCUUCAUGGUUUCUCAACAGCUCUUUCCGCGUGGGAGCAAGUUCAAUGAUAAAUCAGGGUAUGAUGACGAUGGCAAUGGCGAAGAAAAGCAGAAACUCGACCACGUGUACGAUGACGAAGCGGAAGAGGUCAUAACUCCUGCACCACCGUAUCCUGUUUCCAUCAAGAUUUUUUUACAACCAAAAAGAACGAAGAAUGAACAACAUCUGCUUAGUCCCGGAGCUGGAACCGGUCCGAUCCCAGAAAUGAUGCCGCACGGUCGAUUCCUUCACCGGAUAAAUUUCGCUGAUGCCCAUAAAGAAGUACACCAAAUACAGCAACGUCCGCUGAGUUACUGUGGAACAGCGACCAGCGAAAUGAAAGUCGAAGUGCAGCAGAGGGCAUUACCUGUACACGUGACCGUUUCUCUGCAGCAGCUGAAACAGCUGAAAUGUUUACCACCAAAAGAAAAGACGUUGUCUAACAAUAAAAUUCCCAAAGAAGAAACUCGGAUAAAUGCCACGUGUCACCAUAAGACAAUAGAAAACAAUUGGUUGUUGCCUCGCCAAAGAACUUACACGAUAAACUGAAAAUGACCCGAUUUCAUUCACUGAGCCAAUGUCAUCGAAUUGUUCAAAUUUGAUUAUUUAUGUAUGCAUGUAGGAAAUUAUAAGAUUUAAAGUUUUCAAUGCUAAGUUCACCCAGACAAAAAGUUGAUCUGAAUGACAAAAAAAAGCAAACCAGCAUAACAUUGAAACCUCUUUAAAAGAACCAUGGUGCUUAAUUUAUUUCAAUAAAAUGGGUAUGCGAUGUUGAAUCAAUAUUGUCACAAUAUCACAAUUUCUUUUUCUCUUUGAUGACGUCUCAUCAAAAAGACCUAUGUCGUUUUUUCAUCCUGUAAAGUAAAAUCUGGUUCAAAUCGUCCGUCUGAGAUACAUAUUAUUGCAAGAUCAUUAAGAAUCAAUCAAGAG